AUGGUGGGAGGUAAGAUUGUGAAGACACAAAACACAAUUCCAUGUCAGGAUACCAACACUCAAGUGGCUAAUAUAAUGGAUGUGGGGAAGGAUCGCACCUGUGCAGAGAGGAAGCAAACUAUGGUGACGUCGGAGUCUCAACCCAUGGACAUAAUGGAGCAGGGAAGCAUUCGUAAGAAAGCCCCAGAUAAGCCGGGUGACAAUGACGUAGAGUGUAUGCUAACGAAAUCGACAGUGUUGGAGAAGCAAGUCAUACAAAGUGAGACGAGUGAGACAAGCGAGUUGAAUAAUGACCAAGCAAAAAUGGCAAAUGCGAGCUCCGCGAUGGAGAGCCAUGAUCAAGGGGCUCUCAACCUUUCACCUUAA